UAUUAAAUGAAAGACGAAAAUCAUUUUGAUUGGCCUGACCCUACAAGAAAUGAUCUCAUGUACUUAUAAACAAUCAGUAUAUUGUAAACUAAACUAUCAAGGAAAUUAAUAAAAAUUACGAUCGAUUACUUAAGAUUAUAAAUAUACAACUAACUUACCGAAAAAAACAUAUUAUAACAAAGAGACUUUCAUUAAUAAAGUUGAUGACAUUCCAAUAAAGAAUAAUAAAUUCGAGACUAUAAGAGAGAGUCUUUAUAUUGAUGAUAUUGCAGUAUAAAAAUAAAUUCAAAUUUAGGGAGCAAGACCAUAAAUAGCUAAGUUUAAAACAAAUAGAGAAACAAAUCCAGUUGAGCCAACAUAUAAAAUUCCAUCUUAUUAAGGAGCUGAAGUGCUUUAGCCAAUGAAAUUUAUUAGAGACACAUUAAAUAUCUCAGAUAUACAAGGAACUGUUCCAAAAAUUAAAAUAUAUAAUCCUAGAAAUGUAGAUCCUUACACUUUUAUAGAAGGUUCAAAACCUAAACCAAUAAGACAUGUUACUCGUCCUUCAGAAGAUCAAGAAAUGAAGAAAACUUCAAUUCGUUAAAUUAAUCCACUUUAGCCAUUUUAUAAAUGGGGAGAAGAAAUAAUAGGUCCUGUUGAUGGAUCUCAACCUUAUCUUCAUUGCAAAGAAAAGAAUAAGUUAAAAAGUCUAUCAUUAUACACUUAAGAUAUAACUGGAGCCUAAUCUGAUACUGUUAAGAAAAUCCCUAAAGAAUCUUUAAAAAUGACAAAUAAUACUCAAGAUAUUUAUAGAGCAUAAGCUGAUACUGUAUAAAGAGGAAUGUCAACUAAGAGACAAACUAAUCCUUUGUAACCUGCUUACUAACUUUUAGGACAAAACGAACUAUACAAAAUGCAAAAUAAAUGA